AUGGCAUUCUUGUCUAUUUUCUACACAAUACUCCUAAUCACAACUGCCGUUCUCAGCGCGCCAGCGACCCUACCGGCAGCAAAACUCAAAGGCAGGUCCUUUGAGGUACAACGUGUUCGACGCGCUGGCUACGUGCCUCAUGGCCCCGCAGCGCUUCGAAAAGCAUACCGCAAGUUCAAUAUCACUGCUACGCACCUUGGUCUCGAGGCUCUCGACUUUGAGCCUAUCAAACUCACUAGCAAUGCUUUGGGUACGCAAAGUGCAGCCGCAAAAAAUUCAACUGAAAACGGGACUGUGGCCGCUGUUGCGACGAGUGGGGAUACCGAAUUUGUGGCCGCUGUGAGCAUUGGAGGGCAGACUUUGAUGUUGGACUUUGAUACCGGGUCUUCUGAUCUCUGGGUGUUCAACACGCAGCUACCUGCAAAGGCUCAAAACGGUCACACCAUCUACGACCCAUCCAAGUCGACAACAUUCCAGGAAAUGGAUGGCGCAACAUUCGAUAUUAGCUAUGGAGAUGGAUCUGGAGCAGCUGGCAACGUUGGCACUGAUGUCGUCAACAUCGGAGGCGCAUCAGUCAACAAGCAAGCCGUCGAGCUCGCGACUGAGGUUUCCUCGGCAUUCGUCCAAGACACUGCUUCUAACGGUCUAGUUGGCCUUGCAUUUUCCACAUUGAACACAGUGCAACCGACGCAGCAACAGACUUUCUUCGAAAACAUAGCCAGCCAACUUGACGAACCGGUCCUAGCGGCCUCACUCAAAUCCGAUAGCAGCUCUGGGAGUUACCAAUUUGGCACAAUCGACACUGCCAAGUUCACGGGCGAACUGGCUAAUAUCAGCGUGGACAACUCGAAUGGGUUCUGGCAAUUCGAUUCGGCUGCAUUCAAGAUUGGGGACGGAGACAUGCAAGCGAUUACCCAGUCCCCGACUGCUAUCGCUGACACCGGCACCACGCUGAUGUUGGUGAGCCCUGAAGUUGCAGCGGCGUAUUACGAGCAGGUGCAAGGUGCCCAGGAUUCGGAGAGCGUAGGAGGCUACAUUUACCCAUGUAGUUCUGAAUUGCCAACCCUUUCCAUUGCGGUGGGCAAUAGCAAUCUUGCAACGGUACCGACGUCUGUUCUCAAUUAUUCCACAAUAGGAAUGGACAGGUCGACUGGAGAGGAAUAUUGCUACGGCGGCGUCCAGUCCAACUCGGGCAGCGAAUUCCAGAUUUUCGGCGAUGUCUUCUUGAAGUCGAUGUAUGUUGUAUUCGACCAACGAGGUCCUUCUCUGGGCCUGGCCACUCCGGCCUAG